UUGGGGAAAAUAAAGAAAGAAGAGCAGGUCCUGUGAGCCCAGCAAGUUGACCAUUUGACUUGAAGAAACCGCGUUAAACCGUCUCAAACGCGUCAUAAGAUCUCGCAACUGUCAGAAAAUCUUGGUAUUUGCUUGCUUCAGGCCCAUUACAUGCCCAAAUCAUGUUCGAAAUUUGAAAUUUGAAUAGCGCUGAUCUUUAGUCGAAUAUUAUUUGAUUUCCAAACCUCUCUCUUUUCACAAUUUGCAAUUUCUUCAUUCUCUCUCUCUCUCUCUCUCUCUCUCUCUCUCUCUCUUCAUUCUCUUUCUCUGUGAAAGUGAAACCCAGUUGCGUUUGAGCUCACUAACGAAUUCAAAAUCCGCGAAACCCUAAAUCCACCCAUCCACUCUCUCAUUCUGAUCGAUCGAUUUUCAAUUGAUCGCCUUUUCACUUUCCUCAAUUUGUUUCUUUCUUUUCUGAGUUGUUCUUUCUGUGAUUUGAAGAGUUGUGUUCUGGGAAUGAAGGGGAAAAUGGAAGGUGAUUUUCAGUUUGGGUCGAAUUCAAAUUCUUUGGAUCUUCUCUCUGAGGUUGCAGUUGUUGUAAAAAAUUGGGAGGAAGAAGAUGUUGAGAAGGCCAUAUCCAUGGCUGUGAGAAGCCGCUGCAAUCCACUUCAGGGAUUUGGGUUUGAUGGGUAUUUGGUUCCUGACAAGGCCACGAUCAAGAUAACGAGUAGGGUUAGGGUUUCAUCAUCAUCAUCAUCAUCCGCCUUGGAUAUGUUGCUUCAAGUUACAAGCAAUGAAUUGAUGGAGUUGAAAAAAGCCAACACCUUCAGUUGCAUAUACAUACCGAAGAAGAAAAGAACAAGUCUGAGGAGGGGGAGGACAAUGCUAACUUCCUUUCCAUGCUCUUCUCAUGAUUCCAUCCCACUCCAUCAGAUACCAAGGAAGAAAAGGUCCAAUCUGAGGAGGACUAAAAGGGCUUUCUUGCCAGAUUUUUCUCAUGAUUCCACCGUCCAAGUUAUAAAAAAGGCUAUGCAAGAAUUAGAAAGGGUUUUGGCAGAGAAGGGUACUGUUGACUUCACACUCUUCCCACUCAACGACAUUUGCAUACCCAAGAAGAAAGCUGCCAAAGUGAAUGCAAUGGAUCUCUGCUCAUUCCGGCUUAACUCCCCUUCCGGUUCAAGUACCUCUUGCAUCAGCCAGGACUGUUAGUGCAUUGCAUACAUAUAAGGAGUAAGGUCUUUUAGUUUUGUUAUAGAGAUUCUUUGGGUUUCUUGCUUCUGAAACCAAUUCAUUAAUUGAUUACACUGUAAAUCAUUAUAUAUAGUUGAUUGAAUUUAAUUGUUCUAUUUUUCUUAUAAAGGGUUGAAUUGUUUGUUGUUAUCUCUUCAAUGGAAUGAAUCUUCAAUGGGGUUCUGUGCAUACUCAAAUUGAGGCAAGUUUUUCUCUUGUGCUUUAUCUUCGCAUGCUAUUCUGUCUGCCUGUCCAUUUUUAUAUUCUUUUCCUCAUUAAUUCAUGCUUCAAAUUUGGAAUUGAAUUUUUUUAAUUAGAUUAUGCAUACGUUAAUUUUCUGAUUAUUUGGUUGGCUAAUAUCAUCAUUCUACUUAUGGAGGAGAAGAGAAGAGCUAUCUUCUUUAUUGUCUCAUAAUUUUUUAAUCUGUGGCUAAUAUUUGUGGUUGGUACCUUUUGUCCAAUUUUGUUAUUGUGUCCCACAUGGCUUUCAUGUUUUUUUGGGUCAAGUAAAAACAGCUAAGCAAUGCAAAAAUCUCUAUUUUGGUUAACUGGGGUAUAAUUUUGACAAACAUGAUACAAUAUUCAUGAAGGAUCAACUUUUGAGUCUUGGAUCAUCUAGUUUAGUACUUUCAGCUAGAUUGGAUGAUUUGUUUGGUGAUUCUGUAGCGAUUAUAGUUUGAAAGAGGAACUACAGAGGCAUGAGCAAGAAAUGUCAUGUUGGUGCAGUUAAUAGCAUAUUUUUUAACCUUUAGUCAAUUUGCAACGUAAAUUGUAAACAGCAUAUCGUUCUUGACUAUGCUCUGUUUACAAUCAAUCAAACAUCCAACACCUUAGAGGAUGCUAGUUCUUCUUACUGUUCAGUAUCAGUACAAGUUGUUGACUUUCAUCCUUCAACCUCUGUAAAACUUAGACCUAUUUCUGAAUAUCUUCGUUACAGUGCGUUAGUUCUCUUUCCAUGGAGCUGUCCUUUUCUACGGAAUUAGGCUCAGAAAAUCUGUAUAAUUAAGCUCAUCACAAGUAUAGAAAGUGGUGAAUUUGUAUAAUUCCCCAUUCUGUAAAUCUGUACAAUUAUGCUCAUUACUAGUAUAGAAGAACUGUCCCUCCACAAAGAAAAUUUGUAUAUUUAGGCUCUGGAAUGCUAUGUGGUGAAUUUCAACUCUUUCACUAACCAAUCUUCAACUUUCCUUUGAUUAUUACUUGAAGAACUGGAUUAAUUGUCAUAUCUGAAAGUGCAGCUUGUCCUUUGUAAUUCUUGAGCAAUUCUUCUCUGUGGUUCUGAUUUCUACUUCCUUUCUUGAGCAAUGAGGAAGAAAAAGGAGCCAACCAGUUCACUGCCUCAGUGAAGAGGUCGUUCAGAAAAUGCAGAUGAGAAUUAAGCACCAGUGGAGAGCAUUGCUCGUAAAUGAGGUAAGAUUCUUAUAAACAACCAAAACUAAUCUCGAAAUUCAAAAUUAUGCGGUUGAGAUAAGAUAAUUUUUUAGCUCACAAUCAGACAUCACAUGGACCUCUAGUUGAAUUCUUAUAGCCGCCAAUAGUGACAACCCUAAGCUCAUGAGUCUAUUUGGAGAGCAAUGAACAACAGAGUAAUGAGGAUGAAACGUCUAUUGUUGCAGUGCAUAGCAUAUUUUUUGACCUUUUGACAAUUUGAUUUCUAAGCAGCAUAUCCUGCUCUCUCUCUCUCUCCCUCUUCAUUUAUUUUUCUCUCCAACCUUCUCAGAUUCAUCUCCCUUUUUGAGGCUAUCAAAUAUCAGUUAUCUGCGUGGUGCAACAUUUCUGUGCAUAUACUAUGUUCGCUGCAUUGAAAGUCUUGUUUACCUGAUUGUUCUUGUUGUUAAGCCUCUCUUUAUUCCCCCUCCCCCUUUCCUCUUUUCCUGAUCUUCUCGCUUUCAUCUCAGUUUUUGAGGCUUUCGGGUAUCGGUUGUGUGCUUGGUGCAGGAUUUCUGUACAUGUACUAUGCUCACUAUACAAGGGCAGUUUCUCUAGAACUUAAUAUUGAUCUAUAUUUUGCUAUGAAAUGCAAAUCUUAUGCAUCCAAAUCCUUCAAGGUGGCUAAGCAUUUUAAAUGUCUUGGAUGGUCUGCCAGGUUUACGUUGUUUUUCAGCUGAUCAUAUGAAUUAUCUUGAUUGAUGAUUAUGUAUGGACAACUUGUCUGUCUUUCCUUGUAUGUUUAUUAAACUUUAAGCUCUCUUGUAUGAAAAAAGAGGUUCGGUGUA